GGUCCGCCGCCAGGUUUUGUGCGAAGCUGGGAGUGACUCAGUGGAACAGAGCAGCAGUCAGUGUAUAUAACAGGCGGACAUACUGUAGCAGUGCAGAGUGCAGCUCUGGGCAUCUGAAUCCAAUCUCCAGGGAGUUGCAUUCUUUUAUUCUGAAAACUAGGAAUAAUUAUGGGUGAAGACGGCAUCCUGCAGGAGAUCUUCACUUCUCCUUUAAAUAUAUGUCUCCUGGGUCUGUGCUUGUACCUGCUGUACAAAAUACUGAGGGGUGAUAAGCCCCAACAUUCAGAUGAGAACAGAGAAGAGCAGUUACCUAAGAUGAAGAAAAGAGACUUUACACUGGCUCAACUGAAGGAAUUUAAUGGCACAGACAACCCCAGGAUCCUAAUGGCAAUUAAUGGGAAGGUGUUUGAUGUGACCAGGGGAAAGAAGUUUUAUGGACCAGAGGGACCUUAUGGUGUGUUUGCUGGACAAGACGCCUCCCGAGGCCUCGCCACUUUCUGCCUUGAGAAAGAAGCCCUGUCUGAUAAAUACGAUGACCUCUCCGAUCUGACCGCUUCGCAACGGGAGACAUUAAGUGACUGGGAAUCACAAUUUACCUUUAAGUAUCAUCAUGUUGGGAAGCUUCUGAAGGAUGGAGAGGAACCCACAGAAUACACUGAUGAAGAAGACACAAAAACCGGUUCUGACCAGAAGAAGAUCAACUAAAAAGAUUAAAAACAAAUAAGUUUUGAAAAUAAGCUAAAACAUUCCAGAUCAUUGUUAAAGCUUAAGAUUUAUGCUACUGUGUUAUGUGGAAAUAGAAUUCCAAGUAAUCUUGUUCCAUAAAGUUAUUACAGCACAAACCUUAUUUCCCACCUGUUAGAAACCGUAUGUGAAAUCCAGAAGUUUCCUUGAUACAGAAAACGUCUUUCGGCUUUAGCAGUGGGGAAAAAAUGAAAUUGUACAGUGAGUCAACCAAGGGAAUCAAACGUUUGUAAUGAAACGUUCUUGUUGUUAUAAUUCAGUUUUAGGUAUUGUACUUUAUCUCUCCCCCACCCCUCCCCCAUUUUUGCAAUAGUUUGUUAAGCAUUGGGCCAUUUGCUCAAUUAACAAAGCUCAAUCAUUAUAAAGUUUCAUUGUUGACCUUCUCUUUUGUUUAUAUCUCGGUCCAUUACUUAAAACUAAUUACUUUUCUAGACCACUUUAUAUUAUAAUGUGCUUUCUUUUUUUAAUAAAUUCAUGGCUGCUUUCCUUAAAUUACCUAUUGUAAUUCUGUCACUUAUGCAUAAGAUAUAGUCAGCGGUACACAUUUAGAAAUAUUUUAAUUUACAGUAAGGUCAAAACCCUUUUAUAGAUCUUGUUUUGCCAGCGUCUAGCAAACUGACUCAUCCUUGCCCUAAAAUCUGCAGCAUGUUCGUUCUUUAUAUGACAAAUGAUCGAUCGCGCACAGUAGGGCAACAUCCCAUCUUAAAUAGAACUCCCAUCUUCGUAAAUUUACCCCAAUGUGUUCAAGAUCUUUUUGGUAUCUGGUGAAUUAAUGGUUAAACUUUUAAUUGCGUUUACAUUUAAAUUGUUAAGAGACCGCACUUUUUCUAUAAUAGUUCAAGGCUGCAUUAAAAAAUUCUGCUUAUGUUUGUUUGUGUCACCAGCAGUACGUUUAUUGGUGCCUUUUGACAAGCUGGCUCCUGGUCUUAUGCACAUUUAAAAAAAAUGUAUUUCCCAGGACCAAUGAUUAAAGGAAGCUAUUUAAAAUUAAA